AUGGCAACAGACCCUUUGCGGGUCCACGAGGCCCUGGAAUUUUUCAACCACAAUCAAAUCGGGGGUUUUCGACCCCGCAGUCUUAGCAGAAGCAGCAGCAGCAGCAGCAGCAGGUGCAGCAGCAGCGGGAGCAGUAGCAGCGAGAGCAACAGCAGGAGCAGCAAAAGAAGCAAGAGAAGAAGCAGAACAGAUUGUGGGUAUAUUUCAGGGCCAUUUGGGCCCAGGCCUCUGCUAUACUUCGACUUCGCUGCGACGGGACGCCCGCUGCGGGCUGUAGAGAAGAGCAUAUACAAAUUCGUGUUGCCUUUUUCAGCCAAUACACAUACCCACCAGGCGGCCCUUGGCAGACAAGCAACUUACUUUGUUCAAGAAGCCAGACAAAUAGCAAAGGAGUACUUCAACGCGGGCCCUGAAGAUGCUGUGUACUUCUGCGGCUCGGGCGCGUCUGCUGCAGCAGCAAAGCUGCUGCAGCUGCUGCUGCUAGGCGCCCCACAAGUGGCUGCUGCAGCACGAGAGGCCCUCCCCUCAAGUGCAGCGGCGGCGGCAGCAGCAGAAACAGCACCAAGACAGCAGGAUUCAUCGGCAUCGACGGCAGCAGCAGCAGCAGCAGCAAUAUCUCUUCUAUCCGGUCCUCAAGCAGCAGCGGCGGCAGCAGCAGCAGUCGCGGCAGCGGCGUCGCCUUCAUCAGGCCGCAAUGGCAGCAGCAGCAGCAGCAGCAGCAAAAGCUACCUGCAGGCCUUUACGGAGGUGUUUGAAGAGGAUCGAUGGGGGUCCUUCCGCUGUCGCCGCUGCAGCAGCAGAUUAAAGACAUCUUUGCAUGCACGGAGGCACCUUUACCAGCAUGCUGCAGCAGACCUGGAGGCUUCUGCUGCUGCUUCUGUGCAGCAGCAGCAGCAGCAGAAACAAAAUGAAGAACAGCUGCAACAGCUGCAGCAGGAGAUACGGGAACAGGAGCAGCAGCAGCAGCAGCCACAUGUUCACGUGAUGUUUGUUUGUGACCCCACAGGCCACCACUCGCUGCUGCUGCCUUUUUCGUCUGUACAGACACGAGUACAGAGCAGCAGCAACAGCUACUGCAGCAGCAUGAACACUCAAGCUGGUGCGGCGGCGGCGGCAGCAGCAGCAGCCCACGCGGGAGCUUAUUGUUGGCCUCAAGACAGACAGAUGUGUGCAGCACCAGGAGGUUCUGCUUGUGCUGCUUCCCUCUCAACAGCAGCUCCCCUAGCAGCAGCAGAAGCAACGGCAACGGCAGGUGUCUCCUAUUCUUUUCAGUUGCUGUCUCUUGAUACUUCAACAGGGGGCCUCUCUCUCUCGGGCCUCAAGCGGCUGCUGCAACGUGUCUCCUGCUGCUGCUCCCGCUUUAACCAGCAGCAGGAGCAGCAGCAAGAGCAGCAGGGGAAGCAGCAUCAGGAACUGCAGCAGAAGCAGGAGGGGGGCGAAGGCAAAGACAGCUGCUGUGAUGCAUGCAGCGGCAGCAGCAGCAAAUGCAGCAGUAGCGACAACGGAUGCAGCAACAGCAGCAGCAACAGCAAGGGUCCCGCCUGCUGCUAUUCGUGUUUCUCUUCCUAUUUUAAAUCGUUGGGUAUAAAACAGCAAAAGAUUUGUCUCGUCCCCAUCUGUCUCCUUUCUGCAGCAGGAAAUGUCAGUGGGGCCCUCCUUGCCAGCAGCAGCAACAGCAGCAGCAGCAGCGAUGCUGAUAUAUUUGCUUCUACUCUUGUUUCUGUCUGCAAGUUUGUGCAUGCACACGGAGGGCUAGUUGCUGUCGAUGCUGCAGGAGCAGCAGCACAUGUGCCCAUCGAUUUUAAUCCGCUGCAGCACUUGCUGCAGCAGCAGCAGCAGCAGCAGGAAGAAGAGGAAGAGACUGCCAAGCUGUGGUUCACACAUCCUUGGCUUUGCCCUUCUGCUGCAGCAAAGACAGGCGUCUGCUGUCUUCCUGGUGCAGCAACCGCAGCAGCAAGUGCUGCUGCUGCUCCUGAUGCAGUCUUCUUCUCCCCACACAAACUACUGGGUGGCACAGGAUCGGCAGGUUUGCUGCUGGUUAAGAAGCGACUGCUGCUGUCGGAUUUGCCCUGCCACCCAGCUGGGGGUUCCGUGUACCUCGUCAACGCCAAAUGGUCGCGAGCGCAGCAGCAGGAGCAGCAGGAGCAGCAGGAGGCGAAUGCAUCUUUGCAUGCAGUGUACUUAAUGGAUAGAGGAGAAGAAAGAGAAGAAGGAGGCAGCCCUAACCUCCCUGCUAUCUGUCGAUCUGCCAUAGCUCUUGGGCUUCUGCAGCAUAUGCCGCUGCAGCAGCUGCAACACCGAGAGGCUGCUGCUGUUAGAGCGCUCCUUAAGGUUUGGGGGGCCCAUCCAAGGAUUCAAAUUGUGGGGAAUACAGCAGCCCCUCGCGUCGGAAUAAUUUCUUUUCUAAUUAAAUAUGGCAACGACUUGCGUCCUGCUGCUGCAGCAACAGCAGAAGGAGCAGCAGCAGGAGCAGCAGCAGGAAAGGGUUUAUACUUACACCCUAAUUUUGUUGUGAGGGUAUUAAGUGACGUCUUUGGGCUUCAAUGCCGCAGCGGCUGUCUUUGCGCGGGUCCAUACACUGCAUUUUGUGUGGGGUUACCUGCUGCUGCUGUUGCUGCUGCAGAGGCGCUGCUGCUGCUGACAGGACAGGAGCUGCUGCGCCCAGGAGUCGUACGUGUUAGUGUCUCCAUGGCAGUGCAGCAACAUCAACUGCAGCAGCUGAUGCUAGCUGUGCUAUGGGUAGCAACACAUGCCUAUAAGUUGCUGCCUGCUUACUCCGUUGAUGCAGAGACAGGAGACUGGAAGCCCACUGCAGCAGCAGCAGCAGCAGCUGCUGCUGCUGUUGCUGAUCGGGAUCCUGCUACUAGUGCUGCUGUUGCUGCGGGAGGCAGCAAGGGGGCAGCAGACGACAGACACCGUGUAUGGCUCAGCAACUUCGGCCCCAAAAUAUACAGCAGCAGCAGCAGGAGGAGAGACAAAAGCCACGAGGGACGAACAACAGCAACUGCAGCAGCAGCAGCAGCAUCAGCAACAAAUCCUUUGCUGGAGAUGCUGCAGUUUGCAGAUACGGUAGCCUCUGCUGUCAUACGCAAGUGCAGCAACACAAAGCCGCUGCCGCCGCUGCUGCUGCGGCUGCCUCCAAGUUCUUCUAGGGGCUUUCCUUUCCCUUUACUGCCGCAGCAGCAGCAGCCUCGAUUGGGUCCCCCCGCAGCAGCGGCAGCAGCAGCAACAGCAGCUGCAGCAGCAGGAGAAAAAGCGCAUUUUGCCCAGCUCCUUCAAACGGCUGCUUCUAUGGUUUGGUUUGCGCUGCCUGAGGAUGGCAGGGCUUCGCUUGCUGCCUGGAAGCAGCAGCAGCAGAAGCAGCAGCGGGAAGGAUGCAUGGAGACGUUUGCAGAGGUGACUUGGAGGCUGCAGCAGCACCAGGGAGAUGAUCAGCUAAUUGAGCUGCUGCAGCGGGAAGAAGAGGCAAAUAUGAGGCCACUAGUUGCUGCAGCAGCAGUGCAGUGGGUUGCUGCUGGUCCUGCAGCAGCAACAGCAGAAGACGCUGCUCCUGCUACUGCUGCUACACCUGCAGCAAAGACAGUUGACGGUGUCCUGAGGGCUUUGGAUUCUGUCUUUGAGGUGCGGCGUUACCAAGCAGAAGAGCCGUUGCUGUGUACGUGCAGCUGCAGCAGCAGCAGCAAAGGCAGCAGCACCGAAGAGAGUAACAGCAGCAAUACCAGCAACGGCAGCAGCAGCAGCAGCAACCACUGUUGCUGCAACGCCUGCUCUGGCUUGCGGAGGGCUGUGGAAAUGUUGAUGGCUUCUAAAGAUCCUUGGAUCUCCGAAGGCACACAAGUGCAGCAGCAUCACAGUACCAGCAACAGCAGCAGCAGCGGCAGCCACAAUAGCAGCAGUAACACUGGGGACUACUCAUUUUCCAGCAAGCCGCAUCGACAGCACACCCGUAAACACGAGAAAAAGGAGCAGCAGCGGCAGCAGCAGCAACAACAGCAACAGCAGAAGCAAAUGUACCAGCAGAGGCGGCGGCGGCGGCAGCAGCAACAGCCAUUGGAGGAGGCGCAUGUAAAGAAUGCAGCAAAUGAGACAACUGCGGCAGCAGCCCCAACGGUAGCAUUCACAUCAGCAGCUGGAUCAGCAGGCCCACUAGCUACAGCAACAGCAGCAACAGCAGCAUUACCACCGCCAGCAUCACCAGCAGCACCGCCAUCAUCACCUGCAGCAACACCAACAGCACCACCAGUAUCACCAGCAGCAGCACCAGCAACACCACCACCAUCACCAGCAGCAACACCAGCAGCAUUACCAGCAUCACCAGCAGUAGCACCAGCAGCACCACCACCAUCACCUGCAGCACCACCAGCAGCAGCACCACCAUCACCAGCAGCACCACCAGCAGCACCACCAGCAUCACCAGCAGCACCACCUGCAUCAUCACCAUCAGCACCACUAACACCACGAGCAGCAGCAGAACCAGCAGCAGCAACCGAACCAGCAGCAGCAACAGGACCAGAAGGAGCAAAAGAACCAGAAGCAGCAACAGGACCAGCAGCAGCAGAACCAGCAGCAGGAUUAUCACGUGUCCGUCCUGCUGUAUCGAUCCCUAUACCUCGUACAUUACGUCGUAGUGUUGGACAAGCAAUGAUGGAAUUUAAUAUGAUAAAAAAAGGAGAUAGAAUAUUAGUCGGUUUAUCUGGAGGCAAAGAUAGUCUUACUAUGCUGCAUAUAUUAAAAGAUAUACAACAAAGAGUACCAUUCAAUUUCCAUCUUGCUGCUGCUACUGUUGACCCACAAGCACCCAACUUUAAUCCUAAACCAUUAAAAAUCUACCUUGAAAGGCUUGGUAUAGAUUGGUAUUGGCUUCAAUUGCCUAUAUUUGAUUUAGCUCGUCAGUAUAUGAAAAGACAAUCGAUUUGUGCCUUUUGCUCAAGAAUGAGACGUGGCCUGCUAUACUCAUGCAUGCGCAAGCAUGGAUUUAAUGUCUUGGCAUUGGGUCAGCAUCUUGACGACUUAGCAGAAUCAUUCGUUAUGUCAGCAUUUAACAACGGAAAACUAAAUACAAUGAAGGAGUAUCUUCAAACCAUCGCAGCCAGAUGGAUGCGCUUGUUGAGGUGUCACUACUACGUAGAUGCUGGGGAUUUGCGAGUUAUUCGCCCUUUGGCAUUUACGAGGGAAUUUCAGACCCAAACAUUUGCAGAAAAAAAUAAAUUGCCCGUCAUACAUGAAAAUUGCCCUGCAUGCUUCGCUAACCCCAAAGAACGUCAUCGCGUAAAGAUGCUGCUUAGCGAACAAGAGAAAGAAAUUCCAAACCUCUUUAGCAACCUCCAGAAGGCCAUGAUGCCGCUAAUGGCUGCGGAUCCAAUUGCUCGAGGCAUCUCAACCGGGGACAAGCAGCAGCAGCAGCAGCAGCGGCAGCAGCAACAGACUGAAGAAGACGAUGGUUUCUCCCUUCCUACUGAGGUCGAAGCUCUGCUAAAAGAAGCAUCAAGCCAACCUCCUGCUGCUGCUGCUGCAGCUGCUUCUUCUGCUGCUGAAGACGAUGAGGCAGCUGAGUUGGCGAUGACUGCCUGUGGAGCUGGUGGUUGUGUUAGGGUUUAG